AUGGCUCCAGUCCCUGUCCAUGUGGGAAUCAUUGGUGCCGGCAUGGGGGGACUGGCUGCGGCAAUUGCGCUGCGUCGAGGCGGCGCCAAUGUCACCGUUCUCGAAAGCACGAUCGAAUUAGGUGAGAUAGGGGCCGGCAUUCAGAUCUUCUCGAACAUCUCGAAAUAUCUCAUCCGAUGGGGCGUCGACGAGAUAAUCGGCGACAACUUGGUCCAGGUAGAUGAGGUACGGACUUGGGGAGUCAACGGAGAGGUCGUCACCAGAGUCGAUCCCGAGCGAGUUCGCAAAAUUACCGGGUUCCCACACUUGAUUGCUCGGCGAGAUCAUCUGCAUGCCGGUUUCACCGAGUCUGCACGUCGCCAUGGUGUUGACAUCGUCGUGGGAGCGCGAGUGGAGAAACUCGAGUUUACGGAGAAAUCAGCGACGGUUACCACAGCCCAUGGAGCUUCUUACACAUUUGAUCUGGUAGUCGGCUGCGAUGGGAUUAAAUCGACCAUCCGACAACACCUCUUUCCAGACGUCAAGCCACAAGCGCCGUCAAAAGUCGCCGCGUACAGGGGCGUUCUUACCUACGACGAGAUCAGGGCUAAAGCCCCGGAAGCUGCGUCUGUCCUUACCAACACCAUGGAUAUGUGGACUGGUCCGAAUGGCUAUAUCAUGACCUACCCGCUCUCGGGUGGCAAGGAGUUGAAUGUUGUUACAUCAUUCUGCAAAGACUACUACGUGGAGAAGAUGGAGGAAGUCGACAUUGAUGAGUUUAGGGGAUACUACAAGGACUACAGCCCCGCCAUCCAAUCCAUCAUCAGACUGGUCAAUUACACCCAACGGUGGCCGCUACUGAUCAUGCCCUUCAUGGAACGAUGGUCGAACGAGUUCCGCAAUGUUGUUCUGUUAGGAGAUGCCGCCCACUGCAUGCAGAACCACGUCGGUCAGGGCGCAGCGACAGCAAUUGAAGACGGGGUCUUUCUGGGUCGCGCCCUCAGUGAAGUGGUCCGCGGCACAAUCACAAUACCCGAAGCCGUAUCUAUUUACGAGCAGAAAAGAAUCCCCCGCGCAUGGACAAAGCAACAAGUCUCAUUCGUGUCGGGCGAGUUGAAUAUGUGCUCUGACCUAGAAGAUCUCAGAAGGCGGAACUCAUCGUCACUGCCAGAAGUCCAGGGUCUCAAGAAAGGCGAGGCACGGCACAACUUCCCACCACUGCCAGCCGAGUAUCGCUCCUGGCAGAUGUUCGACUCCCCAGACAGCGUCCCAGGCAUCUUCUACUAUGAUGCAGAAGGCGACGCUGACAACGCAGUGUGCGACUUCCUGCAGACGAGGGAUCGUGAAAAUGGCGCUGUAGACGCCCUAACUAUGGUGAGUCAAGCACUGAGAAAGAAAUGGUGGGCUUCUCUGGACUUCAACGGGGUCGUUGCAGUAUAA